UUUAACUACAUAAAUAAACCGAGUUGUAUCCGUUACGUGCAAACACAACAAAGGCACCGCCGAUAUUCGGUUUUGCAGAGACGCAUAUUCCCGCCAAAAAGGUGAACCCCACACCCCAGCAUUGCGCCACGUGGCCCGGCAGGAUAAUAGCCGCCAACUCCUCUUCCUUACUUGAGAUUUCCUCUGUAAAACUACGCUCGAUCAAAAUUCUACUUUCUUCCUUUCUUUCUAUCAGUAUUUUGCCUUUUCGACUUCUUUUUUUUCUUUCUGCUGAUCACCUGGUUCAAUCCUCAAUUAUUUCUGUGGUAGCAAUCAAUUUACCUUAUCACGAUUGAUUUGUGUUAUUUUCUUACUAAAUUUUGGAUGAAAGUUCUGAAUAUGAUAUACAUACAAUGAUACAAUACAAUCUGCAGAUUGAAAGAUUCAGUCCAAUGGAGAAGCCAGAAACGCUGCCUGACAUCACCACCGCCACCGCCGCCGUCAAGGACUUCGAUUAUAAGGAGCUGUGCGAAGUGAAGCAAUACUACCCCCACGGUUACCACGGUGUAGACCGAUCGGGAAGGCCUGUGUACAUCGAGAGAUUGGGGAAGCUAGACGUGGAGGGGCUCAUGAAGAUCACCACACUCGAACGUUAUGUCAAGUACCAAACGCAGCAGUACGAGAAGACUAUCAAAAUCAGGUUCCCUGCCUGCUCUGCCGCUGCAAACAAACACGUUAACAGGAGCAUUGCCAUUCUUGAUGUUCAAGCUGUGAGCUUCAAGAGUUUCACUAGCCCGGUGCAGAAGGUUCUUCUGCAGCUGCGCAAGAUUUUCAACGAAAACUAUCCUGAGACGCUCUCUGAAAUGGUGAUUGUGAAUGCCAGCCCUGGCUUCAAGUUGCUUUGGAACGUCGUCAAGUGCUUCCUCGACCCUCAGACAGUGUCAAAGAUUCAGGUUAUUGGCAGCAAGUAUCAGAGCAAAUUGCUCGAAUUGGUUGAUCCAAGCGAGCUGCCCGAUUUUCUUGGGGGGAGCUGCUGCUGUAUGAGUGAAGGAGGGUGCCUCAACUCAGACAGAGGCCCAUGGAGAGACACAUCUGUGGCUUAAACUGGAGAAUAAUUUAUAAGCUAUGGUUGGCUGGAUUAUGGCUUGAAGAAAUACAAUUGUAAAUAUAUGCAUCAUUAUAUAUAGUCAUUCAUUGAUCUACACAUGUACAUUUACCUUGAGGAUCAACAUAUUUAUAGAUUCAUCAUGUCUUACACUUCAUUGACCUUUCUUGAUAUUAUUGAAGAUUGGUUCAAUAGUUUGUUU